AUGAAUUUCAAUCCCUUUGUGACUUCUGACCGAGGCAAGAACAGUAACAGGCAUUUCAAUGCACCUUCCUGCAUUCACAGGAAGGUUAUGUCUUCCCCUCUUUCCAAAGAGUUGAGACAGAAGUACAAUGCUCAAUCCAUGCCCAUAUGAAAGGAUGAUGAAGUCCUGGUUAUUUGAAGGCAUUACAAAAGACAGCAUAUCAGCAAAGUAGUCCAAGGUUACAGGAAGAAAUAUGUCAUCUACAUUGAGCAAGUGCAGCAAGAGAAGGCAAAUAGCAUGAUCAUCCAUGGAGACAUUCACCCAAGCAAGGUGGUUAACACCACACUCAAACUGGACAAAGACUGCAAGAGGAUCCUUGAACGCAAAGCCAAGUCUUGCCAAGUAGGAAAAGAAAAGGGCAAAUAUAAGGAAGAAACCAUUGAGAAGAAGCAGGAAUGAAAUCAUUUUAUAUGCAACUUUCAUUAAAAACUGCUAAAUGA